AGGGGUGGGGCGGUGGGCGGUGCCUGAACGCCCAAAAGCGGAGGAGGCGGGGUUGACAGACAAAAUCAGGAUUCAGGUGCGGAUUUCGUUAACCUAAUGGGUAAACGUAUCCGCUGAGGACAAGAAUAAAUUGUGGGGCCAACUAAACCUGGCGGAUGUGAGCUGAGACGAGUCAGCCGCUCGGCUGUUUGCGGUGUCUCUCAUUUGCUGAACUGUCUUCGGAUUUUCUAAAGACUUCGGGGGCGCGUGCGUGGCGCCUCCUGAACGGCUACUGAGUGUUGCAACCGUCUAAACUAGUUUAGUUUUGGUGGUUUUUUCCCCCUUCAGGGAGUUACAAAAAGGAUUGAGCUGGUUUGAUGGAUCCUGUGACACACCUGUAAAGCUGCCUAGUCCUGUGUAGUUAGUGUCAUCCCAGGAUUCAACAGACCUUGAAGAGCAACACUCUUCAUGCAUGGUGAACUCUUGUGAUCAUUAGUCUACCAUAGCUUAGUGUGUAUAUCCUCAUACCUAAAGAAGAAAGAAAUGGCUUGUGCUGAGUAUUCUUUUCAUGUGCCAAGUCUCGAGGAGCUUGUUGGAGUUCUGCAGAAGGGGCUAAAGGAUAACUUUGCUGAUGUCCAGGUCUCUGUGGUUGAUUGCCCUGAUUUGACUACGGAGCCAUUUACAUUUCCUGUAAAAGGCAUCUGUGGGAAAACUAGAAUUGCAGAAGUAGGAGGUGUGCCUUACUUAUUGCCUCUUGUAAAAAAAGAAAAAGUUUAUGAUAUAAAUAAGAUUGCAAAAGAAAUCAAGCUUCCUGGAGCUUUUAUUCUUGGAGCAGGAGCAGGCCCAUUUCAGACUCUUGGGUUCAACUGUGAGUUUAUGCCAGUCAUUCAAACAGAAAGUGAACACAAACCUCCAGUGAAUGGAAGUUACUUUGCCCGUGUUAACCCUGCAGAUGGAGGGUGCCUCCUAGAGAAAUACAGUGAGAAAUACCAUGAUUUUGGGUGUGCAUUACUGGCUAAUCUUUUUGCCAGUGAGGGUCAACCUGGAAAGGUCAUUGAGGUGAAAGCAAAAAGAAGAACUGGAAAACUUAACUUUGUGACUUGUAUGAGACAGACUCUUGAAAAACAUUAUGGAGAUAAACCUGUAGGGAUGGGAGGUACCUUCAUAAUUCAGAAGGGAAAAGCAAAGACUCACAUAAUGCCUGCAGAAUUUUCUUCCUGCCCAUUGAACUCUGAUGAAGAGGUGAAUAAAUGGUUGCGCUUUUAUGAGAUGAAAGCUCCUUUGGUUUGUCUGCCAGUUUUUGUCUCCAGAGACCCGGGGUUUGAUUUGCGAUUGGAGCACACUCAUUGUUUUAGUCAUCAUGGAGAAGGUGGACACUACCAUUAUGAUACUACCCCAGACACAGUGGAAUAUCUUGGAUACUUCUUGCCUGCAGAGUUUCUAUAUCGCAUUGAUCAACCAAAAGAGACCCAUUUAUUUGGGCGAGAUUAAGUCAAAUGAAAAAGAAAUAAUUAACUAAAGUUAACUAACUCAUUAAUUGAUACUACUAUAAAAUCCAAUAGAAAUGAUCUCACUACUUAAAUCCCAUUUUUUGAUCUUUAAGUGAAAGGUAUGUUGACAUUUACACUAUUGUUUCGUGGAACUACCUUAGAGAUUUUUGGAAACCAAGAUACAUAAUGAAAAUGUUCUUCAUUAUUUUUGUAUUCUUUAAUAAUAGCAAAAUCAGUCUUAUGUUUAUACCUUAAGUAUAAAGACAAUCAGGAAUCAUAUGAUUUAUUCCUACUGUCUACUGGUAAUAACUUAAGUUUGUGUAACAUUAUUAAAUUUUUCAAAUUAGUCUCACAACUCCUAAGUGGAUAUUUCUGGGUA